AUGGGUGGGUUUGAUGACUACGUGGCUAUCCUGGGAGAUUGGACUUCCCCAAUCACUAGUCCAAAAACAUUUUUCACAUCAAUGUAUAACGUUGACCCUUUGGCAAUAUCAACUACUGAGUCUGAUAGUGAUAAUAGAAGUCAGACCCCUUUUACGGGGCCUGAAAUGCAGGUGGCAUCAAGAAAUACCGAUGUAAAGGAUAAGACACUAAAUAGUGUAGUGGGUGAUGAAAUGAGCAAGUCAAAUGCACCAUCUGAGCCAAAAAUGAGCUCUCAAGGCAGUCUUAUGGAGAGGAUGAUAGCUAGAGCUGGUUUCAUUGCCCCAAGGUUGAAUACAGAAAACAUCAGAGCGGCUGAUCGUUCUCAGAAUUCAGAAGUUCAGUCUCCUUAUUUGACGAUUCCUCCAGGUCUUAGCCCUGCAGCUCUGCUAGAUUCUCCUCUUUUCGUCUCUAAUUCUGAGAUUCUUCCAUCUCCUACAACUGGAAAAUUUUCUCUCUCCCCAAGUGGAGAAAAUCAGAACUCGGCAUUGAUGACUGACGAUCCUGACAAGUGCGAGGAGAAUAUUUCUGAAGAUGCCAAUGCCUCAUCAUUUGCAUACCGACCUGUUACAGGAUCUGGUUCAGCUCUUGAUUAUGGUGCAGCUACAAAAGCAAGUCCAUAUCAACAGCCAUUUCCUAGUAAUGAGGUGUCAGCUCAUUCCAUAAACUUGCUUCAGCCGGAAAGUAUGGAACCUCAGAAUGUCCACUCUGGAAGCAAUAGUACAUUUUAUCCGCAGAUAAAUUUCUCUAAAUUAUCUGCUAAGAACAUAGACAGCAAUCUCUCAUCACAUCCAAGGACUUGCAAUACUGUUGGCUUUGCAGAGCAUUCUCUGCCUCUCGAUGUACCACAGGAGGUGAAUGCAGAUCAAAGAAGCAGUGACCCUGCUGAAGAUGGUUAUAAUUGGAGGAAAUAUGGGCAGAAACAAGUAAAAAGUGGCGAGUAUCCUCGAACUUAUUAUAAGUGCACUCAUUUGAAUUGUUCUGUCAAGAAGAAAGUGGAGCAGUCUCACAAGGGUAACGUUUCAGGGAUAAUCUACAAGGGAGCUCACAACCACCCAAAACCUCCAUCAAAUAUCAAAUCAACACUUGGGUCCUCUAGUGCAAUUUCUGACAUGCAGCCUGACACAACUGAGUCACCCAUGACUUUUGCUGAUGGUGAUCAAAUUUUGUUGAACGUGCUAAAACCAGGAUCCCCUGAUUGGAGCCAGGACAAUCUUGAGCCGAAAUUAUCAGCAUCAGUGAGCAAUGAAUGCAGCAAUGGAGCUAUCUCUUUGCAGGCUCACAGUGGAACCCAGAUUGAGUCGGGUGAGGGUGUGGAUGGGUCUUCUACUUUCUCAAAUAAUGAAACUCGUGACAGUGUGUCAUUAGGCAAUGAUGUUGAAGGAGAUGAAUUAGAAUCAAAGAGAAGGAGAAUUAAGACUUCGGAAAUGAGUAGGGCAACCAUUGGCAUCAGGGAGCCUAAAGUUGUGGUGCAAACAAUCAGCGAGGUGGACAUCCUUGACGAUGGGUAUCGAUGGCGCAAAUAUGGACAGAAGGUUGUGAAAGGAAAUCCAAAUCCAAGGAGUUACUACAAAUGCACAAGUCCAGGCUGCAAAGUAAAGAAGCACGUCGAGAGGGCUUCACAUGACCUAAUGUCCGUGAUAACCACAUACGAGGGAAAGCACAACCAUGUUGUUCCCGUAGCUCGCAACAGCAGUCAUUUUAAUUUUGGGACCCUAACUACUAGUGCUGCUCCAAGUCUUUUUCAGAGGGCCAAGGCUUCUCAACUUCACAACAGCAUGGCACACUUCGAAAGGCCUUCUUCACUUAGCUUAUUUGGUCUUCCAGAGAAAUCGGAACUUUGGACAACUCCUGGUUUUGGUUUUGGAAUGAAUCGGCCAAACCCAGUCAAUCUGCCAAUGGCUGGAUUGGUACCUGGCCAGGGCAAGUUACCUGUGUUGCCUGUUCGUCCAUAUUUUGGACAGUUGCACCCAAUGAAUGACGCUGCUUUCAUGAUGCCAAAAGGAGAACUAAAACCGGGGUAUGUGCCUGAUUCUAGUUCAGGCGCCUCUAAUAUCUCAUCGGUUUAUCGUCAGAAUAUGAAUCGAUGCCCGCAUGGACCAAAUGUAUGA